AUGUAAUCCCCAUAUGUAAGAAAGAGAUAUCCUUCUAAAACAAUAGUUGUAAAAAAGAAUAAUUAGUUCUUUUCAUCAGCUGAACAAGGGGACAAAAAAAUCAAAUCCUCUAGAGUGAAUAAGGCGAUAAGAAAAAAAGGAGAUUUUCAUGACAAUUAAGAAUAAUUUUAAAUUAGUAAAGCAACUUAAAAGGCUUAGCAUAGUUCUGAGUCAGAAUCAGAUAGUGAUGAAUCAUUUUAGAAAUCUAUUUUAUCUGAGAGCUCAAAAUCAAGUGUAAGAUCAGCAAAAACCAUAAAAUCGAAGUCUUCAAAAAGACAGAAAAACAAUAUAAAAGAUUUGACAUAAAACUUGAUAUAACAAUAUCAAACAAUAUUAAGAAAAGCUGACAGUCAAAUGACGUAGCAGAAAUAGUACAUAAACUCAUAACAAUAGGGAGGAAAUAUAAUAAAAGAUGCUCGAUAGAAUAGCAGAGUAAGCAACUGCCUAGAUGUACGUUUAACCUUAUAAAGACAGUCAGUUAUGUGAAAGUGAUGAAGAGAAUUCUGAUCAUUUAUCAUAAUUAUUUUCAGACUUAGCCAAUGGAAAUGAUAAGUCAGAUAAAUCUGAUAACUCAAUUAUAAGUCUUGAAGUCAUAUAAGCUCAAAAUUAUAUUUCAAAUAGAUCAUAGAAAGAUAUUUAAUCUCCAGGAACACCAGAAUCUUCAAUCUAAAUACCAAAUGUCGAUUUAAGUGUAAGUAUUAAAUUUACAAUAGACAACCNAUUAUGUAUUUAUUAAUAGAAAUUCUAGAUAAAAAUCAAGUAAUUGAGUCAGGUUUAUAAAAACAAUAUUCAGAAAUAUUAUUGA